UCGUCGGACUACGACUGACGACAGGUGUACAAAACAUAAAAUAGAAAUUAAAAAUCAAAUAGACUUAUUACUCAAACAACUUUAGUCGAAGGCGCGUGCGUUCACAAUUAAAGUUCUUCUUAGUAAAAUGCAAAUGUUAUUGUCAACAAAAUAUGAAUACACUGCCGAGCAAUUGGACAAAAUUCAGGAAUUGCGCAAUUUAGUGAAGUCUUCCGAUCAGUUGGAUAUAGUCACCGAUGACAUUUUGCUUUCAAAAUUCUUGAGAUUUGUUGGUUGGCAAGUGGAACGGGCUUACGAAGCUAUCAAUAGGUAUUAUGACUUUAAACUACAUAAUCCAGACUGGGUAGCACAUCACCCGGUACAUUACUUUCGGGAUCACAUAUAUCAAACACUCAGCAAAUACAUUAUGCCUAAGCCAGACAAAGACGGACGUGUUAUUUUUGUAUCGAAAACAGUCGAUGCAUUCAAAACAUUCCCAAAUUACAUGUACGACAUUAUAGAAAUGGACGACUUAAUAUUCGAAUCGAUUUUAUUAUUACCACAGGCGCAAAAAUUUGGAAUCACUGUCAUAAGUGACCUGAGUGGUACCAACAAACGAUUUUUGCGUUUCGCCUCACCCGUCAUGGCCAAAAUGGUGAAUGCCAAAAAUGAUGUUAUGCCGUUUACAUCACGUAUUGUACAUGUCAUACAGAAGGGCAUGAUUUUGAAUGCCACAACCAAUUUAAUGAUGUCCUUUGCCAGUAAAGAGUUCAAAGAACGUAUACACAUUCAUGAUGGCAAAAAUUUUGACAAACUGCGAAAUAUGGUGGGAUAUGAAAAUUUACCGGCUGAGUAUGGUGGCCCCAAGGAAAAUGAGCUGGACGUAAAUAUUUUAUAUGAACACUUAUUGAGGCAUUCCACAUAUCUUUCGACACUGCAGAAUUACAAAAAAAAAUCGUAAACUAAAUGUUAUUUAUUACUUUUAUUACGGUUGUUAUAAGGAUUCAAUACUAAUUUAAACUCCUUCACAGUGUUAUAUAAUUUAAAUAGGAGUUCUGUAUAAAUUAAAUACUAUUUUAUUUUAUAGUGUGAAGAACAUUUGUAUAGUAAUACGUCAUUAAAUAUAAUAUAAUUAUUUUAA